CUUCCAGUACAUCGUUACUAACAUUUUUCAGGGGUGCUGCCAUGACUUCAAAUCGCUCCCUGAACUCAGCUACCGUUCCUGCUUGCUUGAUAGCCAGGAACCUUUGGUGUAAGGUUCCAUACUGGGUAUCUCGAAACCUCUCCAGUAGUCGCCGUUUAAGUUCAGUCCAGUUGUGCAUGGGUCGCCGUCCAUCCUCCCAUUGAAACCAGGAUAGCGCUGCUCCUUCCAUACAUACACCCGCAGCCACAGCUCGCUCAACAUCAUCGAGCUUGUUCAUUCGGAAGUACCUCUCAGCUCUAAAUAUCCAGGAGUCAGGAUCGACUCCAUUGAACAGUGGCAAUUCAAGUUUUCGAUAGUUACCUUCAACAGAGGCAACCGCCAUCUUCUCGGAAUUCACGUUUUCCACUUCCGGCUGCUCCUCGACAGAAGUGGUCGACAUCCUCCCACUCUCUUCUCCUGGACUGCUGGAGGAAUUUAAUUUCGAGCCCUUCAACAUCUUCUCUAUUAGCCGUAACCCGUCGUUCAACUCCCUUCUACCCAGCGCGAGGCUCGCUUCGAGCCUCUGGUUCAUCUUCCCGAGUUCCAGUCCCACUUGAUUAUUCAAAUGUUCCACAUCUCCUUUCAAUUCGACCAUGCUCGCACUCAAGGAAGGUACGGAUUUCUCCAAUGCUUCAAUUCUGACGUCCAUUCUCGUGACUGGCAUCCGUUUCCCAGAAAUUCGACCGGCUCUGAUACCAAAUGGUAAGAUUGGCUCAAGCCCAAUGAAUUAGCAGCACACAAUUGCAAUUCGAGUUAAUAGAAAGCUGAAUUAUAAGUAAAAUAAUGGAAUUGAAGAAGAAUUUAAUUGAUACUGAAUGAAAUGAACAGUAUGAAAGAAAAGAGUAAAUUGGCAAGUUUCGAGAGUUGCCCCUCUUCUAAUGACUCAGAAUUUCCUGUUUUCUGAAAGAAGUACGUUGUGUUUACUUGAGUGCUAGUCUUAGGUAGGUUGCCUAAAGUGAAUGAAAGACGACAUGCAUUGCAGAUAAACUAGUGGGACUUUUAUUUCCUGUUUCAAAUUCAGAUAGUAUUGAUAUUCUUUUUAGAUGGAGGCAUUGAGGUUGUGGAUUUCGGGGAGAUAAAACAGCUGUGUUCAUCUGGGGUAUUUUGUAUGAAGAGAAACAGGAUCUGGACAAUGAAUACGAGGGGCUUUUGCUCUGGUAGCAACUCCUUUUCAAAGUUCCGGUCAUUGAGAGAAGGUCUUUUAGACUGGUCAAGUUGGAAGAACUGUGAAUGAGUAACUUGUGGAGGACUACAUCUGAGGAAAAGAGGGAAUUGGAGCGACUGGAAAAACCAAUCUAUAAUUCUGUUCGCCAAGCAGCAGAGGUCCAUCGUCAGGUACGGAAGUACAUCAAGCAAAUUUUGAAGCCUGGAAUAUUGAUGACUGACCUGUGUGAGACCUUGGAAAAUACAGUUCGUAAAUUGAUAUCAGAGAAUGGCCUGCAAGCUGGUAUUGCAUUUCCUACAGGGUGCUCCUUGAACUGGGUUGCUGCCCAUUGGACCCCGAAUUCUGGGGAUAAAACCGUCCUUCAGUAUGACGAUGUGAUGAAACUGGACUUUGGAACUCAUAUUGAUGGGCAUAUUGUGGAUUGUGCAUUUACUGUGGCAUUCAAUCCCAUGUUUAAUCCACUGCUUGAGGCCUCUCGUGAAGCUACCAAUACAGGAAUCAAGGAAGCUGGGAUUGAUGUUCGCCUAGGCGAUGUUGGGUCUGCAAUUCAAGAGGUCAUGGAGUCAUAUGAGGUUGAAAUCAACGGAAAGGUGUUCCAAGUUAAAAGUAUCAGAAAUUUAAAUGGCCAUAGCCUUGGACGAUAUCAAAUCCAUGCUGAGAAAUCUGUUCCCAUUGUGAAAGGAGGAGAGCAAACAAAAAUGGAAGAGGGAGAAUUUUAUGCAAUCGAAACUUUUGGAUCCACAGGGAAGGGAUAUGUCAGAGAAGAUCUUGAAUGCAGCCAUUAUAUGAAGAAUUUUGAUGCUGGUCACGUUCCACUGCGGUUACCUAGAGCAAAACAACUAUUGGCAACAAUUAAUAAGAAUUUCUCUACAUUGGCUUUCUGCAGACGUUAUCUUGACCGCCUUGGAGAAACUAAAUAUCUGAUGGCACUAAAGAACUUGUGUGAUGCUGGUAUCGUCGAGCCGUGUCCUCCUCUCUGUGACAUUAAGGGAAGCUAUGUAUCGCAGUUUGAGCAUACAAUUCUCCUUCGACCAACUUGCAAAGAAGUGGUAUCCAGAGGUGAUGAUUAUUAACGGAAGGUUUCAGGGUCUUGGAUUGAUAUAUGCUAAAUGACUGUAUCGAAGAAUUUUAUGUUAUCUUAAUCGAAUCUUCUAUACGCUGUGUCCACUGUUUUCCUUUGUCAGUCAGUCGUUCUAUUCGUACUCGAGCUGGUUUGUAGUAGCAACAUAAGGAGGGCGUUCAAGUCCUUUAUAAUGGUUUUUCUGAAAAUAAUAUUAAUGCACGGACGGGUAAUUUA